GCAAAGUUUCGGAGAUUUUAUGUGUUUAAUUAAACUGGUUAAAAUCUUGCAUUUCGAUUAAAGAUUUAAACAUGACCUGGCAACCGUAGAUAUCUGAUCAGUGUGUUGACCUGCUGAACGAAAGUGGAGUAAUGGAAAAAAUAAUGCUAUAAUAAAUAAUAAAUAUGUUACAGAGUACAUUUUUUUUAUUGGUAAACCUCUUUCAAAGGCAUUAAAGAAAGUGACACAGGCAGGAAAAUCCAGACUGUAAUUUAGAGUCGUUCCAGUGUAAUGCAGCUUCUCCAGACAUUUAAAAGAAGAUUAAGAUUAAGCACAAAUCUGGAGUAAUCCUGAGUCCCUGCUGGUCCUCACUGUGCAGUGAGUUUAGAGUAUAGAGGUGAAAGCGGAGGAAGCUGUAGCACUGCACUGUGUCUGAGACAGGAAGUGGUCACUGAAUGAGGCAUCAUGGCAACUCGAAGAGUUUUGGUGACAGGAUGUUCCUCUGGGAUUGGACUGGCUGUGGCUGUGCGUCUCGCCAAGGAUGAAUUGCAAAGGUUUAAAGUCGUGGCCACGAUGAGGGAUGUGGAGAAGAGAGCAGCACUGGAGACAGCAGCAGGAGAGACGCUGGGCAGAUCGCUGGAAAUCCAUCAGUUGGAUGUCUGCUGUGAGGACUCCAUCCGAGAGUGUGUGAACAGCCUGCCUGGCAGACGCCUCGACAUAUUGGUGAGUAAUGCUGGCAUGGGGAUGAUCGGGCCGCUGGAGUGCCAGAGCGUAAAGUGCAUGCAGGACGUCUUUAACACUAAUUUCUUCGGCUUGGUACGCCUGGUGAAGGAGGUGUUGCCCGACAUGAAGAGACGACAGAGUGGACAUAUUGUGGUGAUGAGCAGUGUGAUGGGCAUUCAGGGACUACUCUUCAAUGAUGUCUAUGCUGCUUCGAAAUUUGCCGUAGAGGGCUUGUGUGAGAGUCUCGCUGUGCAAGCUAUGACGUUUAACAUUAAGAUGACUUUGGUGGAGCCGGGGCCGGUGUUGACAGAGUUUGAGAGGAAGGUCUACGAGGACGCACAAAACAUGGACCUGUCCGGUACAGACGAUGAGACGGCCAGAAUUUUCCGUGAGAUUUACCUUCCUUACUCAGGAAAGGUGUUUUCAUCACUCGGCCAGAGGCCCGAGGAGGUGGCAGAGCAAAUAUUAGAGCUGAUUGUAUCAAAGGAUCCUCCGUUUCGUCACCAGACCAAUCGUCUGUACACGCCCAUGACCGCCAUGAAGCACGCAGACCCUACAGGACGCCUGCCUCUAGACGCCUUCUACAGGAUCAUCUUCCAGCACGACCGUCUGUUUAACGCCAGCCUCGGCUUCAUGCGCUUCUUACAGAAGAGGAUGACAAAGUCUAAAGUGUGAAAGGAGCGAAACAUCAUCCCAGCCACGACUUUUGAAUGAAUAUAGAAGUUAGGUCUAACUAGAUGGCCACGCAUGUGUGGGACUGUACAGAUUUAAUGAUGCUUUUAAAUCACGAAUGAGACGUAAUAAAACCUCUGGAGGCAUGCUGUUAUAGGAAAAUAAUCAGUGAUGAGGUGUUGUGAUGUGGCCCAUUGCGAAAGUCGAUUAUUUUCCUAUAACAGCAUGCUCCAAAGUGUUUUAUUCUUCUCAUAGCGCAGCAAUUUACCAACUAUUAAGUUCAUGAGCCGGAACAAACAAAAACACUGUAAGUGCAGAAGUGGGCGGGGCCGGUCAGAAUUCCUUCGGGAAUGGACGGAAACGAGACGCCUCCCGUGUACUCCUACACCCUCAAGGAUGGUGAGGUAUGCAAAUCUUGGAAUUUUUUUUUUUUUUUUAAUGACAUGAUGAUGGUGACUGUCAACUAAUGUAAAAGUUGUUAUUUAGUUUUAUGUGUAAAAUAAUGGCAUUGACUAAUAAUCAAAUGACUUUUGUGUUACAGUGAAAGCAUGAGGAUCGCAGAUUUAAGUGAUUAUGUUAAAAAACUUUCAUUGUUGAUUUAUUUCUUUUAUUCACUUUAAUUACGCAUGCUACAAGCAGUGAAAUUUCAGAAGUGUAGAAGUGUGCUCACAUGAACGCACACAAUAAAGGACACGUGACAGAAA